AGAAGGACGAAGUCAGGGUGGACGAUACCAGACUGGCAAACUAAAUUAUACAUAAUAAAACGUUAUAUGUCCUGAGUAGUUGUAGGCUAGGUUCUGUAUUUAUUUAUAGUCAUUCAAAUAUUACCUACACGUGUGCUCGAGACAUGUAGGCUGGCUAACAUAUCCCAGGCUUUGAAUUGAACUUGCUGGUGAUGAUGCUCGUGGAUCAUGACUGUUCUGGGACUGAUGUUCGGUUGGUUCGUCAGCUCAACAAGGGUAUGAGGAUUCAACCAGGGAUAUGCAACGGGGGGACCGAGCAGCAACGGGGAUGUAAAACUGGAGACGUCAAUGAACAUAUUGUUUGUCUGCAAUCUCAGGAUGAAACGGGACGGGUGUGUCCUGGAAGCCCAGCACUGGCGACAGACACGCGGCUAUCCUCCUGUUCCACAGCAGACCGUGAACCAAGCAGUGGCAGUUACAACGUCUCCACUGGAACGGGAACCUUUUACAGCUGCGUCAGUCAGAUCACCAUCGGGUUUGAUCUCGGGGGCCAAGUGGCCAUUGGUAUCUCUCAUUGGAACAGUCCAUUCCCUCCCAGAGGUCACCCCCUGUGUGACAGUCCUGAUGGGGUUCGCUCUGAGGCCUCCGCUGCCGCAGCCCCGCAACUCCCUGAGUACCAAGAGCCAGUGUCCUGUCCUGCCUCCCUGUCAAUCAACCCUAUAUCAUCCCACUGCAGCGCCAGCCAGGAGACCAUCAGCGAUAGCAGCACAAGUGUGAGUAUCUCUCUACAUGGGGCUGAGCUCCAGUGGCAGAGCCCCCACAGACGCAGAGUUCUGCGGGCCCCGGCCCCUGGGGUUGAGGCUGCGGAUUUCUCCUUCCCCCCCAACAGGUCGCCAGUCAGAAUGGAGGUGUCCUUGGCUGGGGCUCCUGAUUCCCCCAGCACACAGGACAAUGUGCCACCCCACGUUUUGAAGGAUGUGAAGUUGUUAAUGGAGAGUUUGGAGGGGCUGAGCACUCCGUCCAAAGAUGACGACUCAACCCUGCUUGACCCCGGGACCAGUAGCAUCCUGGACGACAACACCAGGACUGACCCGGAACCAGAGGUAGGGAGAAGUAGGUCCAGUGGCUUGUGCUUCAGCGAUGGCAAGUGCCACAUCGACUACAUCCUGGUUUACAGGAAGUCUGGUCCACAGUCGGAGAAGAGGGAAAUAUUUGAGCGCAACAUCCGGGCCGAGGGCUUGCAGAUGGAGAAGGAGUUGUCUGUGUGCAACAGUGAUGUGAUCUUCCUGAAGCUGCAUGCUCCCUGGGAGGUGCUGUGUCGCUACGCAGAGCUUAUGAACAUUCGGAUGCCGUUCAGGAGGAAAAUCUAUUACAUGCAUCGACGGUACAAGUUCAUGAGUAGGAUGGAGAAGAGAAUCAACAGAUUUCGAGGAUGGCUGCCUCGCAAACCCAUGAAGUUUGACAACAACACCCUCCCUGACCUGGAGGAGAAUGAAAGCUUUACCGCCCCCUUCAGUCGCUCCAGAAUACAUCAUUUCACCAUUCACAACAAAGACACGUUCUUCAACAACGCCACCAGGAGUCGCAUCGUCCAUCAUAUCUUGCAAAGGGUCAAAUAUGAGGAGGGCAAAGACAAAAUGGGGCUGAAUCGUCUUUUGAGCAAUAGUUCAUACGAAGCAGCUUUUCCCCUUCAUGAGGGGAGCUACAGAAGUAAGAACUCCAUCCGGACGCAUGGGGCAGAGAACCACAGACACUUGCUGUAUGAAUGCUGGGCCUGGUGGGGUGUGUGGUACAAGUACCAGCCACUGGACCUCAUAAGGCGGUACUUCGGGGAGAAAAUUGGUCUCUAUUUUGCCUGGCUGGGUUGGUACACUGGGAUGCUGUUCCCUGCGGCGCUGGUUGGGCUCAUGGUCUUCCUCUACGGCUGGUUCACCCUAGACCACUGCCAGGUCAGUAAAGAAAUCUGCCAGGCCACUGACAUCAUCAUGUGCCCCAUAUGUGACGAGUACUGCCCCUACCUGAGACUCUCAGACAGCUGCAUCUAUGCCAAGGUCACCCAUCUUUUUGACAAUGGAGCAACAGUUUUCUUUGCUGUAUUCAUGGCUGUGUGGGCAACCGUGUUUCUCGAGUUCUGGAAGAGGCGCCGAGCGGUCCUUGCAUAUGACUGGGACCUAAUUGACUGGGAGGAAGAGGAGGAGGAAAUCCGUCCCCAGUUUGAGGCCAAAUAUUCAAAAAAGGAGAGGAUGAACCCCAUAUCUGGAAAACCUGAGCCGUACCAGGCCUUUACAGACAAGUACAGCCGACUCAUCGUCUCAGCUUCUGGAAUCUUCUUUAUGAUCCUGGUGGUGAUCGCUGCCGUCUUCGGCAUCGUGAUUUACCGCGUGAUCACAGUCAGCACUUUUGCCGCCUUCGGCUGGGCUCUCAUCAGGAAUAACUCUCAGGUGGCCACCACCGGCACAGCCGUGUGCAUCAACUUCUGCAUCAUCAUGCUCCUCAAUGUGUUGUAUGAAAAAGUUGCCCUUCUGCUCACCAAUUUAGAGCAGCCGAGGACUGAGUCCGAGUGGGAGAACAGCUUCACCCUGAAGAUGUUCCUGUUUCAGUUUGUCAAUCUUAACAGCUCUACCUUCUACAUAGCUUUUUUCCUUGGCAGGUUCACUGGCCGGCCAGGAGCCUAUAUCCGCCUCAUUAACCGUUGGAAACUGGAAGAGUGCCAUCCCAGUGGUUGUUUGAUAGAUCUCUGCAUGCAGAUGGGUAUCAUCAUGGUGCUCAAGCAGACCUGGAACAACUUCAUGGAGCUGGGCUACCCGCUGAUCCAGAACUGGUGGACGCGGCGAAGGCUGAGGCAGGAGCACGGCCCCAACGCCAAGGCCAGCUUCCCACAGUGGGAGAGGGACUACAACCUGCAGCCCAUGAAUGCUUACGGACUGUUUGACGAAUACCUGGAGAUGAUCUUACAGUUUGGCUUCACCACCAUAUUUGUGGCAGCUUUCCCCCUGGCCCCGCUCCUGGCCCUCCUCAACAACAUCAUCGAGAUCCGCCUGGACGCCUACAAGUUUGUCACCCAGUGGCGGAGACCCCUGCCCUCUCAAGCCAAAGACAUAGGGAUCUGGUACGGCAUCCUGGAGGGCAUCGGUAUCUUGUCCGUCAUCACCAACGCCUUUGUCAUCGCCGUCACCUCCGACUUCAUCCCACGCCUUGUCUACGCAUACAAGUACGGCCCGUGUGCCGGGCAGGGCCGGGCCGGGGAGAGGUGCAUGAUGGGAUAUGUAAACGCCAGUCUAUCGAUGUUCAGAGUGUCUGAUUUUGAGAACACUUCGGUGCCCAGGACAGAUGGAUCGGAUAUGUUUGGAGAAGCAGUGAAGUACUGCAGGUACCGUGACUACAGAGAGCCCCCGGACUCGCCCGGUGAACCAUACUCCUACACGCUGCAGUUCUGGCAUGUCCUGGCCGCACGGCUGGCCUUCAUCAUAGUCUUCGAGCACAUGGUUUUCACCAUCAAGAACCUGAUCGCCUACCUGAUCCCAGACCUGCCCAAGGACCUGCGGGACCGCAUGCGGCGGGAGAAGUACCUGAUCCAGGAGAUGAUGUACGAGGCCGAGCUAGAGAGACUGCAGAAGGAGAAGAACGAGAAGAAGAAGAAUUACAGGGCCCAUCAUAACGCAUUGCCCUGAAUGCACAAACAGGUCAUACUGGUGUCCAUUUCUGCUCGGUGGUGUUGGGAGUGGGAAUGACAGAGAACUGGCUGCAUGCACGCCAGGGACUGUCCUGCCUGUCUGCGUCUCCCACUGGACCAGGUGAGCGCCCCCAAGAGGACCGUCAGCAUGCUCCUCACCAUGGUGUUCAAACGUACUGUACGUCAUUCUGAAUCCGAGAGGCCAGUGGGUGAGGGGGAAAAAGAGGACAUACAUUGGAACAUUUGACAAUGGGUUUACUACUUUUUUCCAGAUUGCUCCUUCUACUUUGGACUCACAACUGUACAUUUCUUCAAAACCUGAAUGUAGAUUUCAAAGAAACACAAAAACAAUCUUUUGCAGUUCUAUUGUCACAACUUAAAAAAAUAUUCUGUCAUCCGUGCAGUUGAAUGACAAACCCUGUUUACAAUCCUAGCCUUUUUAUUUUGAGGACAAAACUCAUGAGAAAUCAUGAUCAAUUGCUUUCACAAGGUUGUGAACCUUCAGCCAUGUUCUCUGCUUACAUUGUGUGCUGCAAUAAGAUGUUAUUUUGAAACGAUGUUCCAUCAGAUCUGUGUUAGUGGACAGACUGCUCAAACAUCCAAUGCCUUCCUUUACAAUGGAUACUAACAACAAGACUAAUAAAAAAUCAUAUUUAUUACAAACCGGUUUUGUAAUUGUCCCAUGUGCACUUUGAUGUCAUUUUAAAACCAUCUCAACAUGUUUCCAUCUGACAGAAUGUGCCACUAUGAGAAUCUCCAUGGAGGUUAGCACAUCCUUAGCGGGUAGGUCAGGUUGUCAGAACACAGUAUGCAUCACUAACACUGAUGUCUCCUCCAGCUCGUUUAGAGGCUGCCCACCAAGUAACUGUAACUGCAGCCACUAUCUAUCUGCCUCUAGUGUCUAGUGUGGUAACACCUGAUUCCACUCUGCAGUUCCCUACUUGGCCACCAAGGGGCUCCAAUACACCUAUUUUCUGAUGCAGCCACAGGCCUCCAAACAAUGAGAGAGAGAGAGAAGGGAGGUCAGGUGUCCAAAGAUAAACACAGUCAUGUUCUGCUGAUACUUUGAAGCUGAGAAGUAUCUUCAUUUAUGUUUAUUUUAGGGGAAAUACAAUGAUGACGGUGACAUUGUAGAGUGUUUUUGUGCUCCUGGUGGAAUUCUUGUUUGGUUUACACCAUUAUUGGUAUAAAAUAUCUGUCAAAUACUUCAAGCUUGGAAGCUUUCUCCUGUACAUUUAUAUAAUAUCAAUACACAUUUUGCCAAGGGCAACAGUUGGUUCCCCAAGCACCGCCUCAAUAUCGACCACUUUCUUUCAUAUCCAUAGGAAUUGUCAGACUUCUGACGCUAUUAUUAUUAUUAUUAUUUAUUUUUUUUCACCUUUAUUUAACCAGGUAGGCUAGUUGAGAACAAGUUCUAAUUUGCAACUGCGACCUGGCCAAAAUAAAGCGUAGCAAUUCGACACAUACAACAACACACAUGGAAUAAACAAACACAACAGCCUAUCAAGGUGAACUAGCUUGUUAUCCCUUUCUGUGAUAGGUAACACUUACAUUAAGGAUAAGAUGUAAUUUAACUGAGGAUAAUUGAUGUAAGAUGUAAUUUAUUCAUGAUUGAGGUUCAGGAGUCGUAUAAGACAAAACAAGAAGAUGGCUGAAGUGGCCAGUCAAGGUCGUGUUGGCACACAGAGCACACUGAAAGGGCUUUUUCAGCAGCAACCACAGGGCUGGAUUCAAGCAGAAAUUGCAUGUUCCUGUUUGAGCACAAAAUACACAAAUGUUGGGGGGAAAUGUCUUGGCUGAAUGUCAUUGAAGAGAGACAGCAUUUUGGUUGGAAGUUGAUUGUCCUGAUAACAGAAUCACAACCAUCUUGCAACUCUCUUGACCCUGGAAGCCUGAGAAAAGGGCUUUGUAAUGCCACUGGGAAGUUCCAAACCAUUCUGUAUGUUAUAUGAAAACCACUUUUACAGUAUGUUGUCUAUGGUCAUAUUGUGUGAGCAUUAUAAAGCCAUUCUGAGGUUACAUAGAGUAUCCCUUCUUAGUCUAACGGUCUGACCUUGACUGGAACUGAUACAUGUGGAGCUGGAAGCUGUUGGAAAUCACAUCAGCAUCUGAGUCAUUGAGAUGUAGCUUCCUUAAUAAUACAUGGAUGUACUAAUCAUCUAAUAACCACCGUUUCCAGAAGGGUGUCUUUCUACAUUGUUUUUAGCUUUAUAACUUUUCCAUAUUAUUCCUUUUUCUAUAUUCAAAAUGCUUAAUCCUCCUGACCCUUGCAAAAUGCUUGUAAUCUGCAGUACAGAUGUAAAAACAAAAUGCUUGUACAUGAUGCACAUCACUGCAAAUUGGAGGCUGCAAGUUCUAUGUAGUCCAGUGCCCUGUCCUUCAGGUUGGUUACUGUGGUGUGGUGGAGGAGUUAGCGCAGGGUGCACAUCCACAUGUGAACUUUCCAUUUUGAUGAUUAAAAACAGGAGAGGGGAAACAUGGCGUGUUUGUUUUCUAUUAAGGCAAAUUUUCUCCUCUAAGAGGAUUAUCCCUGACACCGGCUUUGAGUUGCGUAAGGCUAUCCUGGCAAUCUGCAAUCAUAUCAGCCAUGGCCUCGUAUCCUGUAUUUUGGCAGCUAUGUCAAAUAGAAUGAAUGAAUAGAUUAUAUUUCUAUGUCCAGGCUACUGUCUGAUGGGGAUGUAAAACUUCAUUUUAAUUUUCAUCCAUUUCGUUCAGACCGGUGACCAGUGUUCCUUGACCCGUCUGGGUUUUUUUUUCUUCAAAUGUGUAUCCCUCUCUAGUCUUUUUAAUCAAUCCAUUCUAACUCAUUUUCUAAUACUUUUUCACGCAGGACUACUCUGUCUGCCUCUCCAGUCUGUCUCAGCCACGAUUCAGACAUCAAACACAAUGCCUCAUAAUGUUAUACCCAGACUUAUUGGUGUUCAAUAACAUUUAAUAUGAGUUCUCAAAUAUAGACUUUCAGAUUU